AUGGAUUGAUAAGCAACUAGUAUUGCACAGAAUUUUUGAGGUGAUAUAGUAUAAGGGAAAUUCCAAAAGUAAAACCCUCAAAGUGCUAAAAUCACAGAAAAAAAAUUGGCGCGGCUAUUGGUUAAACUGUCGAGUUUGUUGUUUACUUAGACAUAGAGAAUGGACUGUACCUUCUCUAUCUGACUAUAAAGUAAAUACAGGGAGAAACGUAUAAGGGAGUCAAAGCGAUCGUGCGGUCAGUGGUGGUCUUUUUCGAGAUUUUUGAUUGGUUGUUGGUUAUUAUCUUGCAGGAGUGGAUGAAUGGGAUAAAGAAAGAAGAAAAGAGACAGUAAGUGCCUCUUCUGGUAGAUUAUUGACGAUAUACGGUGAAAAUGGAGAGAUUGAAAUAAUCGAUCCCAUGGCUCCAACUCGUGAACCAUAUGCCUCUGCUUCCGACAUUACCCUUUAUCUUUACAGUCAAAGCAAUACUUUAACUCCUGAAAUAUAUUCACUGGACGCUACUGCACUUUCGUCAUCAUCCAAUUACAAUUUUUCAAGGCAGAAUAUUUUCUUGAUUCAUGGUUGGCAAGGCAGUUACACUAGUGCUGCUAACCAACUUAUUAAUUCCGCCUACAGUGAUGUUACUGAUGUUAAUACAUUCGUGGUGGAUUGGAGUCCUGUAUCCCGUACGCUGUACACAAAUGCAUUUGCUAACGUUCCCACAAUUGGAAGAUACUUAGGGCAGUUCAUUGCAGACAUGCAAACCCAAUUUGGACUGGGCGCCGAUAAAUUCACAAUUGUAGGUUACAGCCUUGGAGCUCAUGUAGCUGGAUGUGCCGGUGCGGCUACAAAUAGUAACAUUUUAGCAAUAUAUGGUUUGGAUCCUGCAGGACCUUUAUACCUUAAUAACAUUACGAACAACAGAUUAGACCCCUCUGAUGCUCAAUUUGUUCAUGCAAUUCACACUUGCGGUGGCAGAUGGGGCUUUGAAGAUAAUCUUGGAACUGCUGAUUACAGACCUAAUGGUGGAAGAGAUCAGCCUGGUUGUACAAUUGAACUAACUGGUCUUUGUGCUCAUAGCAGAGCUUAUAGGUUGUUUGCAGAAUCAGUCAGGUCAGGAGGAUUUACCGCUUGGAAAUGUGACAGCUAUAGCAACUUCCGUUCUGGACAAUGUCAGUCGAACGAUCAGAGCAGACUUGGAGGUGUAAAUAUUGAUACAAGUGCUACUGGAGAUUAUUACUUGGACACCAAUUCUGAACCACCGUAUUCACAAUCCUAAUUACUGUUUACAACAAUACAGUAUUAGGUACAUAAUUCCUUUUGGAAAAAUAUUUACAUGGUUCCCUUUAGUCAACGUGUGGCCCACAAGAAAAGCUUUAAGUUUUUUAAUUACAAUGUUACAGUCUUAAGGACUAUUGAAUGUUCCUGAAUUCAUAUUUUUUUUAUUUUUCUCAGAAAUUACUGUUUAUACCUUCACUUAUUCCAAUUGCGCAUUGAAAGCCUAUAUCUAUAAACACUAGUCUAAAUAUCAUUGACAUACCAUCUCAAAUUCUUUAUAAAUGUUAACAGAAAA